ACAGUAUACUAGUUAACCUCACAAGAUUAGAGCACCGUUCUUCCCUCAGUCGAACCCACAUGCAUACUUGUCUUUCUCCGGCCAUGGCCACCUCCGCGGUCCUCAUCCUGCUCGCAGCGCUCCUGCCGGCGCAAGCCACCGCAACCGAUUGCCGCCGGCCCGCCGCUGACCACAGCUUGUCCGCCGAGCCCAGUCACACGUGCGGCAUCGUCUUGCCCGUGGCCGUGGGCACGUACGCUCCGGGCAGCGCGUACGAGGCCACCCUGCGCCAUCUUGCCGCCACCAUUCCCGGCAAGGCGAAUGCGGAAUCAUGCAACUGCUCCAAUGGCAACAUCGCCGGCGAGAGCCCCAACGUGGUUGUGGCGUCCGCCCACUGCUCCUGGCACCCGGGCGCCAAGUCAACAGACUGCGGAGCUUGCAUCGCGCUGGCCUUCCAGGAGGCGCAGAGGCUGUGCCCGUACCAGAGGAUGGCUGAGGCCGUCGUUGACGGCGGCGCAUGCACCGCCAACUUCCACGACUACGACAUCAUGGAGGAGUUCCAACACGGCGAUCCCACUAGUGACCAUCGGUGGAAAACACCGGACCAGGCCAGGAGGACAACACGAGAAUGAGAUGGACAUAUCAUAUCUUGGAGACAACGAUCAUGAAGAUCUUAGCAAACCUUGGGUGGAUGUCUAAUGAGAGAAUUUGUGUGCUCUAUUUGGACCAUUCAUUGAUUUCUUUAAAUCAGCUGGAGGCUGGAACAAUGUAAUAACAAAAGGUUGAGCAUAUGCAUUAUGGAGGAAACAUUUCAUUUUUUUGAAAA